ACAUGCUUGUAAGUGAAAGCGAUUCAGAAAAAAAACUUGUGCAGCUGAAGGGGUUGCUUUCUUUAGAUAAACCUGAUCUCGAGCGUUGCGGUCUUUUACUUAGAGAACUGAAUAUCGAUUUCCUUGAUAAAACUUUUUUACCCAUUGUCGAUGAAACCAAGUUAACGGAAUUGCACUUAGCUAGGGACGUAUUAGAAUGUGGAGCUAUAUGGUGUAUCUUAAAAGAAGAUCACCAAUGUUUUAAUAGAUAUAUGGCACAGUUGAAGCACUUUUAUUUUGAUUUAAAACAACAUCUGCCUACGUCGCCUAGGCAGUAUGAGAUCAUUGGGGCUCAUUUACUCAAUUUACUCUCACAAAAUCGAGUUCCCGACUUUCACUCGGAAUUGGAAUUAUUAGAUUGUGCUUCGCUUCAUAACAACCGGUUUCUUGCUUACCCUGUUCUUUUAGAACAAUACAUUGUGGAAGGAAGAACAAAUAAAGCCUUUUUCGAGGCUUGUCAAAACCCCCCAACCCCUUACUAUGCAUUUUUUUCCAGGAUUCUUGAAAAUACUACUCGUAGAAAUAUGGCAGUGUGCAUAGAAAUGUCCUUUACUUGUAUCCCGAAGGAAGACGUAAAGCGGAUCUUUUUUACCGACGACGAUCAAUUUAUUGAGGAAUUAGUAGCGGAGCGACAUUGGAUUCUUGAAAAAGAAAAGGCCUUUUCUUAUGCUACUGAGCUUGAGCGCAUCAUAUAAUAAAGCUUUCGUAUUUGUAAAUUAUACGGCGGCUAAGCGUG